UCGUCACAUUACUCCGUGCGAGCCGUCGCGGUUGUCGUAUCGUAUUCAGUACAGUGCGUUGAAUUGUAUGUACCGUGCGUGAGUGACUCUGUGAGCACGUGCCCUGUCGGCGAGUUGGUCAUCUCGUGGCUUCUAAAACCGCCAAGAUUCGGGUGAAGAAUCGUGACCCGGUGCCGGCGUAUGCCAUGGCCGACGCCGACCGCGAUUCGGAUUUAGGCGACGAUAGCCCAAUCUCAGCUCGGUCCGAAGGCGAGUCGUCCGGUGAGCAGUCCUGCGAGAGCUCAGACGAGGGUGUAGGACGGGACGCUCCGAACAUCCAACAACAUCAACAACACCAGCCUAUGCCUCAUCAGCACCAACCCCAGCUAAACAUGAGCCAUCACCCAGUUCUUAACCACCAACAACUGAACCAGCUGAACCAUUCACUUCAGAGAAACUCGCCUAGACCUCUUGAGAGAGAAAUUAAGGUGCGGGAUGAUUUCGAAUCGCUCAAAACAUCGCUUCAUCCUCACUUAUCCUCGUUAGCUUCCCUCGCGCAAGGAGCACCUCUAUCAACACCGAACAGCGUGUUUGCGUUGGCCAGCGGUGGGACUGGUGGGUUUCCGUACGCACCACCAGCUUUCUUAGCUCCAGCACCACCACCGCCGGCUCAGCCCGCUGGUUCCGCGUCUUCCUCGUCAUCUGAAGGUAGUGCGGCUGGGUGGAGCUUCGAGGAGCAGUACAAGCAAGUCCGCCAGCUGUAUGAAAUCAGCGACGAACCGCAGAGGAAAGAGUUUUUGGACGAUUUGUUUUCGUUCAUGCAAAAACGAGGCACACCAAUAAACCGACUGCCUAUAAUGGCGAAGUCAGUACUGGAUCUCUACGAGUUGUACAACUUGGUGAUUGCCCGAGGGGGUCUGGUGGAGGUCAUCAACAAGAAGCUCUGGCAGGAAAUUAUAAAGGGUCUCCGGCUGCCAUCCUCCAUCACUUCGGCUGCAUUCACACUCAGAACACAGUAUAUGAAAUACUUAUACGACUACGAGUGCGAGAAGAAGAACUUGUCGACGCGGAGUGAGCUGGACGCCGCCAUAGAGGGCAAUAAGCGAGAGGGCCGGCGUGCUUCCGGGCAGUACGAUGCGCAGGCGGCUCUUUCUAUGCCCCCCUUGAACCGUGGAGUGCCCGCGUCUCUGGCGCAGCUGUCCCAGCACAUGCAGCCGCUGUCCCUGUCGCUGGGGGGCGCGGUAGGGGGCGUCCCCCGCCUGCCCCCACUGCCGCCGCACGCGCCUCACAUCACGCAGCAUGACAUAGAGUACCGCGUGCGGGAGUACAUGAAGAUGAUCCAGCAGCAACGGGAACUAAUCAGAAAUGGUUCGGAGUCACCGCCUGGCGCUCCCAUGGUGUCCCCGCGGGACGCCGCCCUGUCUGCUAUCGACGUGUCCCGUCUGACUCUGUGGUCUCUCUACAACAAUAACAACAAUACCUGCCCACAGCCAGACCUCGAGCCACAACGGUACGUCGCACGAGAGGCGCUAAAUUUAAGUGAGAGCCCCAACUCAAGUAACGGUAUCAAGCGCGAGGCGUGUCGCUCCCCCCCUCCGCCCGCUAAACGCCGCACCCCCCGCCCGCCCUCGCCCCCUCGCUCGCCCCCGGACACUAAGCCCGCCGUACACGCAGCGCAUCUGAACGGCAACGCGAACGGAAUCAGUGGAGCCGCCUUCAAAAUAUCCACGAGAGGUGACGCGAGCACGGGUGAUCAGAAAUUAGUUGUAUCAAUAGAACUGAAUGGAGUUACCUACGAAGGCGUCCUGUUCCCCUCACAAACCGGAAAUGGACAGAAUAACCAUCGGCAAAUGGUCUCUUAAUCAUCCCAGCGUAUUAUAAACCAUAUUGUUAUAGAAACUUAUGGGUAAAAUUAAGCUUAGCAUCCUCACAAGAAUGAAUUAAAUGAAACCCGUCCCUUUCGAUUCAGUUGUUAUGAAAGGGACGAACACACUCAAUUUAGAUCUGUACGUCGCAUGAAAAUAGUUAUAAACUAUUUCGUUAUGUAAACAUUCAAGCGAAAACAACUGGUUGGUUUCGAGUAAAACACCAAGUACCGAUGUGCAAAAUGUAAAUGCAUCGUUCGUUCAUAUUUGAUGCACAAUUGCACUGGUUAUUUCGUUUGUUGAUUACACAUCGACCAUUACAUAGUGGCUCUUUCCAUCCUUGUCCACAUUAGAUUAAGAUUAUUUUUAUCUGGAACACUUAAGUUAUGAUUAUUCAAUUUAUAAAGGGACUGAGAGCGUCAGUUAUUAACACAAUUAAGUUAUUCGUCAUUUAUUGCUUAACGUAAGUUUGCAUUCACUCACUGCCCAUAAUUCAUCUGUAGAAAUCCCGCAUAAUAUAUUUUAUGUUCGUAAAAUGACAAUUUGUGUAAAUAUAGGCUGGUAUAGAUUGUGUUUAUUUAUGGUUUUUAUUUGAUGAGUGUCGGACGUGCUUUUAUAUGUUUUUAUGUAAAUUUUUGUAAAUAUUCUUCUGUUUCGCAGAUGGAUUUUAUACACGGCGUUGUAUACGUGUUUGUGAUUGUUAGAUACUUAUUAGGUGUAUAUUUCGAAUAUUAUUAUCAGUAUUGUAUUAGAUUUAAUUAUUUAUAAUGCGCAUAGUUUUUCUGUUCGCAAUAUAGAAUAGACCUUGUUUGCUUAAGGUUAUUUUAAUGAUUUGUACGUCCUCGGGGUCCCCAGACAUACAGUAGGCUACUUAACGGGUAUCGCUAAUGAUGCCAGUGUAUGGUUUAAAAAAAAAUUCAAUAAUAUCAAACUUGAGAUUGGUUACUGGAAUGAAUUUGCUCGUUUACUGGCUUCGUGUAUGUCUGGCAUAAUAGGUAUUUAAAAAGGGACGGAUGACAACAAUAUUAAUAAUGCUUUUUGGAAUGUUUUUAAUGAAUUUUGGUUGGAUCUCUGCUUAUAUCUAAUAACGGAAUCACAAACAAGAGAAAUGUUUAUUAAAAUAUGUUAUUAUUGAAGGCGCCAUUGGCCUCUGUGUUUUAAAUAAUUUUUUUAUGUUGAAAUAUUUUUUUAUAUUAAUGAUCGAAUAAUGGCAGUAUAAUAUAGUAACUAGUUCUCUACUUAAUAUAUCUAAUUGUAUACUAUAUACAGGACUUCCCUGUUAUGCCAUGUAGUUAGGUUUUUAUUACUACAAUAAUUAUAUAAUAAUAUGAAAAUAAUUUUGAAUCUAUCAAUCUCAUACAGAAAUCUAAAUCACACGAUUUUAAUAAAUUUAAAAUCCACGUGUCAUUGUGCAAUAAGCGAAAUCCAAAAUUAAAAAAGUAUAAAUUGAAAAUUAUCUAGAAUUAGCAGUAGAAUGUAAAAUACGAGAUGCUUGUAAAUGACUGAUUUAAUUUACAAUUAGUAAUUUAAUUUUUUUAAUCUGUUAUGUGUAUUCGAUGUAAUGAUUUUAGGUUAUGUUAGUAGGUGUAGUUUAGUACAUUCCGUGUGUACGGUGGUCUUGAGCAGUGAGCACACAAUAUGCAACGCUGCCCGCUGGGAGCAGCCACGAGUUUCGUGUUACACCAAAAAUUUUUGAUGUAUUCAGAUAAUAUACAUGAUUAAAUAACUAUAUGACAAA